AAAUGUCAAUAACUAACUAGUGCCUACUAAUGCUAAACCAUUUUAAAUUUUAAUAAUAUUUUAAAUUGUAUUAAGUAUAAGUGAAUAAUUUGAAUUAAAAAUAAUAUCAGUAGUUCAAAGUUAUGUAGUUUCCUUGUGCUACAAUUAUACUUGAUAAAUUUGUGUUAUUAUAAAAAUGCCUGUAAUAGAUAAAACCGGUAAUGAGGACGAUGAGGACUAUAUUAUAUCGAGAGCAAAAGAAGCCCAUAAAUAUAACAUCUAUUCAGCAAAAGCAUGGAUGCUAACAGCAAAAACAUUAUUUCCUACAAAUUUUAAAAUACAAUUUGAAGCUUAUUUAAUGGAAAAGCAAUCUGGUAAUGUCCAGGAAGCAGCAGAAUGUUUUAGUUCUUUAAUGAUGUCAAGACAGAAUUUACCUGAGCUCCUACCAGAGAUCUAUGCAAUUGCUAAUGCAUUAAAAUCCAGCGAGCCUAGUUUCCUUAGCCAGAUGUUUGAUUACAUAUGUCCUGAUAUUCAAUUGACUAUUCUCAAGACAAGUGUUGAGAAUAGUGAUGAUACCAUGGAACACUGUCGCUUAUUAGUGUUGUUAUUGAAGAAAUUUCCACAAUUAGGUGUAGAUAGUUUAGUAAAAACUCUCAUUACUGCAGAGAAUUUUUUCUAUGAUAAUAGGUAUGCACGGUUACUUGUUGUAGAGACAUUACCACUUCUUACAUCUUUGGAAUCACCAAGAUUGCUGCAACGUUUGGUUGUAAAGGCUAUAGAUUUUUACAACUCUUAUGUGUAUGAUGAUACAGAACAUGACAUUACAGACCCAUGGCAGAGACUAUAUGGCAUUCUUGAUUUAUUAGGAAGACAGCUGGCUUGGGAUUCAUAUUUGGUGAAUUAUAGUAACAGCUUGAAUAAGGAGUCGUAUUUUCAAAAGCUAUUAUCAUUAAGAAAUUCUGAAGAUUGUCGUCAGCUACUAUAUUGUGGUGUUGUUUUCUUUUUGAGGUCUUUGUAUGAACACAAAUCUCUUAAAGGCAAUCAUAUUUUAGUUGAAGCCUUGUCAGAUCCUGAAAUGCCACCAUCUAAACGGAGAAAGGGGGAUAUUGAGGUGACAGGUGUAUCUGCACAUCAGUUUCAAGCCGCAGCAAACUGUUGGGAGCUUCUACACAGCAAUGAUGUUAUAUCUCGUGAAUUUAUGAAACUUACAUCACAGCUUCAAGUUAAACCUUGGUUAAAAGGCUUUGCAGAUGAGCUAGCACUAUAUAGAGGAAGAUAUGACGAAGCAGUUCCAGCUCCAGGAUUAAAUGUUUCACCAGAAUAUUAUAUAGUUAUCUAUAUUACAAAAGUAUCUAUAAAUUUCUUCCAGCAAAAUUACCAGGCCUGUAUUGAAAACAUUUUAGCUGCAUUACCUUUUUUGCCAUCAGUAGAAGGUGUUCUAGAAUCAGAUCUUAUAGUAGGCGGGAAACAUAGACAUCUUCAUUUUCUGCCUCUAACAAAAGUUGCCAUUAUGCAUUACUUCUGUUCUUUACUCAUAAGGAUUCUAAUGAAGGCUGGAAACAAUUCAGAUAUGACAUAUGGACAUAUGUUAGUAUUAAUGCAGUUAGGGUGGCCUCAAGAAGAGGCUAUGUUUAUACAAAUUAUGGAUGCAAUCAAAAAUAAAGGUGUUUUCCACUAUCACUUAUUCACCGCGUAUAUAAUCCAUAUAGAUAUAUUAGAAGAACUAAGUUUUAUUUGGAAUGAGCAAGGAAAAAAUCUUGCCUUAGAUAUUCUGCCUAAUUCUCAACAUUUAGGACAGCGGAGAAUUGGAACUCGGGGAGCAGAUAAAGAGGUGAAAGAGGAUUUUAAACAAGCUAUGAAGGCUCAGGUUGCAAGAAACAAUGAAUCACUAUUGAAUUUAAUCAUUCAGUUUAUUACAUCGGAAAGGACAUUUUUCUUACAAUUACAAUAAUAUAUGUCGUAAAUAAAAAACAUUUCUUUUCGAUUA